AUGGAGUUUUGGGUGGGCUGUGAUUUUUCAGAACAUAUGAAGGAUAUUCUUGUGAUAUACGAACAAGAAGCAGAAGAGUGGGCUGUGUAUUUAAAAUCUCUGUUUGGAUACAUACUGAAUGAAGAAGGAGUCUUACUCUACAAUCUGGAGACUUUGUCUUUCAAGCACCUGGAGUCAUUCUCUUUACCCUGCUAUAAAUGUAAACUGCUGAUACUCUCGUGUGGACUUCUUAAAUGCCUAAAUCAAGAGAGAUGCUGCUUUCUGGAGUAUGUUCUUCAGCCUCCAGAUAAUGUGGUGAUUCUCCUUUGUGGGGUGGAGAAUUCAGAGAUUCUUUAUGAGGUACUGACCUUAGGUGGAAGGAGCAGAGAGAUCUCCACUGAUCAGGAACCUGAAGAAUAUCUCUCAAUUGUUACUGGAAUUAUUCAACCAGAUGACCAGACCAACUAUGAUUUUAACUUACCAGAUACCAGGGGAGCUCCAGAAAAAACAGAUCUCAGUUUUGAACCAGAAGUACUGUCUGAAACAUUAGAAGCUAAUGAGCAGUUGGUAUUGGUGCUUCCAGAAAGAAUAUCAUGUGAGAACCCUGGUGAAAUAUUCAUUUUGUUGAAAGAUGAAAUAGAUGAUGAAACUUUUGAAAUUGAAUUCAUAGCAGAUAAUCAACGAAUUAGGACACAGCCAGCCUCUUGGAAUAAGAAGGUCAAGUAUAUGAAAGCCUUAGAUUUUCCUGCUGGCCCUGUAUAUAUAAAUGUCUACUGUGGGGGAGUCAUUAAGACCACAGCACAGAUCGAGUAUUAUACUGCACUAGAAGAGAUUGAGCGCGUGUUUCAGAAAGUGGCUGACCCGAUAGCUUUUGCUUGUCAGGCUUUUAGAUUUUCUUCUGUGGAGAAGCUGGACAGUGUUCUGACUCUGUUAUUGGAAAGCAAAAUAAUUACGUCUGAAUUCAACAUAUCCCAGAGCGAAGAGCAGCACCAUCAACAAGCUAAUAGCCAUUUGGAAGAAUUUCCCACUCUCCUUCACUGUGCAGCCAGAUUUGGAUUAAAGAACCUUGCAGCUCUUCUACUCAAGUGUCCAGAGGCCACACGGGCUUGUAGGAUAGCCAACACACAUGGAGAUGAUCCAGCAAGUCUUGCUGAGAAGCAUGGACACAAGGAACUAAGAAAAUUAAUCAAAGAAUUGUCAAAUGAAAUGACAUAUAAUUUCACCGAUCAUGAGGAGGAAGCAGAAGAUGAUGACACUUACGUGGUUAUGGUAGGCUUGGAAACUCAACCAGCCAUGACCAGGCUGAACCUGGGAGAUCAAUAUGGAAUUGGAUCAAAAUGCCACCAAAUAGCUGAGGUGGAUGAGGAAGAGGAAGAUGAUGUAGAAGACAGCAGAGAGGAAACCAAAGAUGAAGAUCAAGAAGGGGAAGAUACCUACACCCUUGUCAACAAUCCUAACAAUUUAUAUGCCAGCAUACCUGAUGAUUCAGAAAGGACCAGAAGAGACUUAUUUUUCUACAAGAGGCCACCUGCUCCUCCCCCUCGAAAUCUGCCUGGCACCGUAAGGCAGGAUGAGCUGCACAAUUUAUCACAAGAAAGGAAUUUUGUGGAGGACAGAAGUGACAGAGAAUAUGGUGAUGGACUCCUAACAGCAUGCUACAGAGAAGACCAAGAUACAUAUGAGGAAGAUGACAAGGAGGAGCACCCAUACACUUUUGCGAAAUUGGAUGAAUCUCUGUACGAUUUGAUACUGGCUGAGAAGGAGGAGGAGAAGAGGAAAGAACGCAGGCCGUUUAUCAUGAACAGGCCUCCAGCCCCUGCCCCUCGUCCUGUAUGUUCGCCCAUCAGAAAUGAGAACACUCCCUACAUAGUACAAGUGUUUCAGCAAAAGGCCACUCAGAUGCCCAGUGACUACAACAAGAUGUACUGCAAUGUCAGGAGGCACGCACACAGACGCCCCAGCGAGACAGUAGCUUAUAGCACUGUGAAACACAACAUCCCUGCUGAACAGGAAGAACUUAUCCAUUUGCAGAAACAAGUGAAAAAGGGGGCAAUUUCUGUGGAUGAAGCCCUUGACAAAUUUAAACGGUGGCGGAAUGAAAACCAGAGACUACAGUCUACUCUACAGGAAACAAUGUGCCACCUUAGAGAAACCAGUAUUGAAAACAGACUAGGAAAGGAAAACUUGCAUGUUAAGUUACACUUUCUUUUGGCUUUCAAAACACCAAAGACUUGA